AUGGGACUCAUUCAUAUCGCCAAGGACCCGGUAACAGGUGGCUGGCGUUGGAUCUAUAUCGUCCAGGACGCCAUUACCGCCGACAUUAGCCUAAUCAUCCCUUUUGUCCUGAUUGAUUUCCCUGGCUCUUCGCGCAACACCUUCUUGACGGCAGAUGAGGCUGCGCUGCACAUUGAACCCGUCACUGCAUCCAGGAUACUUGAGGCUGCGUUGGAUCCCAAGACGUUUAUCUUUGCCUUUAUGUAUAUGACUGGCGCCAUGGGAUCCUAUGUGUUUGCCCUCUUCCUGCCCUUGUAUCCAUAUUUUGGAGUCUUCUUGGGAGAGAUCGGCGUCAGCGCUCUUCUAACAAGUGUUUUGGCCUGGCAAGCGAAUAACAUCCAUGGCGAUGCCCGACGCUCCAUCUACAGUGCCAUCCUGAUCGUGUUUGGCGGCAUCGGCGGUAUUUUUGCCACCCUCAUUUUCCGCACGCAGGAUGCCCCCAAGUAUGUCCCUGGCAUCAUUGCCAUCAUGUCCUGCUGUGGCACCACUUUUGCCUUUCCCACUAUCCUUAUGAUCACGCUCCGCUGGGCAAACCGCCGCGCUGACCAGGGGAAAUCAGUCAUCUUUGUCCUUAAUUAUACAUAA